AUGGACAACGACACUGGCGGGGAAAUGGAUGACAUCACCAUGGAGCAGUACAAUGAGGUGUAUCGGCGGUGGCGGGCAAUGGAGCUGUCGGAUGAAGAGGUGAGUCGGCAGUACGGGGCAGGGGUACUUGACCUGAUCCAGAACCAGUACGCGGUUUCGAAUAUGGAGGAGGAUACACUCACCUUGCUGGGCCAUGCGGAACCUGAGGGCAAACCGGAUGGGCAUGGAUCAGAUGAUGCCGCCGGUGCCGACCCGGCGUCCGACUUCGAGGCCCCGCGCAAGCUCCACGCGAUGGCCGCGGCUGCAGCCCAGAGGGCUGGUGCUUGGGGUGAGGCAGGCGCGCGUGCGGCCAAAGCUGCCGCCAUCGCGCAUCUAAAUGCGUUUUGCACCCUGGAGGAUGGGUUGGCCAUCUACGAACGCUGCUCGAGGUUCAACCACUCCUGCGCACCCAAUGCUGAGUAUGGCCUCACCCAGGUGCGCCUCCUCACGGCAAUUGAACCCGGCGAAGAGGUUUGCAUCUCCUACUUAGGAGAUGCUCUGAUGUCAAAGUCUGCCAGGCAGCAGUUCCUCCGCGCGCGCUACUUCUUCCUUUGCACCUGCCAGCUGUGCAGCUUGCCCCACGACGAGCUUGCCGGCUGGACCUGUGCCUGCGGCAGACGCCGCCUGAGCCGCGAGGUCUGCGCCUGUGGUGGCACUUCCGAUGACUGGCCUUCUGCGGAGCACCUUAAGGCAGUGGAUGACUUGGAGCGACGAGUGGCUGUGCUUGCUGCAACAUGCGGCGAGAAGCUGCAGGGCCUGGAAGAGGUGAAAGAAACUUGCAGGAAACUACAACUGCAGUUCCACGUCGUCAGCGCUCGGACGACGUUUUGCUUGCUGGAACGGCGACUCUCCGCCAUGGGAGCUCGGCCUCCGAAUGCGGAGCGGCUGGAGGAGGAGCAGUUUGAGAGCCUGUUUGAGUUGCCCUGUGGUCCCAGGAAGUCUGUUCUCAUACCUCUCGUGGGCAUCGUGGGCGCCGGAGGCUUCCUCGCCGAAGGGCCGGGCUCCUUGACCGAGACGCCCGCUUCCGGCGAGCCGCGGGGUGCGAGGAGCUUCGGCAGGACGCCAGGCCUUUGGCUUCCUGGAGAUGGACAAGGCUGGCCGCUCUAUCAUGCAGCAGCCUCUGCAUUGACAGCUGCAGCCGUGACCCUGUCGUUUCGGAGAUACCGACGGCAGGUCCGGAAGGACAAGAAGGUUCCCCGAGCUGCUGUGGAUACUGCGGAUGCACAGUCUCACGAGAUGGGCCCAGCUGCUACCGGCACUAGCAGCCGCGUGGUGCCAACCGUGGACGAGACAGGAUGUGGCCGGCAUUAUCUUGACUUCGACUCAGACUCCGAGGAGGAGGAGGAGGAGGACGAGCUUCAGGCGUGCCGGCGUUUCGGAAAAAUCCGGUCACUACCGGCUUUCCAGCGCUCCUUCCCGGACAGAGCCGCAGGCUGGACCCCCGAGCCCCUGGAGAGCAGCGCCGGAGAUCUGCGUAGGUGCAGCAAGUUCGACCCUCUCUCGGAGAUGUCGGUCGUGUCGGAAGCUGCUGCACCUUCGCUGCUUGAGCUUGGCUGCCUGUUCAGCACCUUGCGGAACGAGGCAGAGGAAGUCGACGUCCAUUUCAUACAAGCGGCCACGGACGAGCUCAACGUCGGUUUGAAUCCAGCGGAUGCGCAGCGCAUCUACAACAUGCUCAGCAAGCACGGCAAGGAGGAGAUCUCUCGCGAGAACUUCAUGCAAACUCUGCGCGAUCUGUUGUCUGCUGUGGUGGGCUCCAAGAAGCACCUCUCCUUUCGGCAGCUCCGUGUGGUGAUGGCUACAGCCUUUGAGCGCUUCGACGUGGAUGGUGACGGCCACAUUUGCGUGGAUGAGUUCGCCUGUGCUCUGCGGAGCUACGACAUUCGCCUGGGGCCAUCCGAGACGAUGGCACUCUUUCGUCUCCUGUCUCCAGAUGAGAAAGAUGCCCUUGCUCGCGAGGACCUCACAGAGCCAGCUUCCUUCACCGACCGCUGUCAAGUUGCCCUGGAAGGGGCGCAGGAGAAGGCAGUUGAGGCCACGGGAUUUAGCAGCGCUGCGAAGGUUUUGGGCACGGAGGAGGCGAUCGGACCCGAUUGCUGGAUUCAGCGCAUUCAAGGAGCCAUCUCGGGACGAGAUGGUCCUGAGAUACUGGCCGGGGCCCUCGAUCUUGCAACGACCUCCGCGGCGGCCUGCCUGGUGCUGAUGCACGCUCAUGCACACCCGCACGAGACGGGCAACGUUUGCCUUGCGUGCCAAUGGCUGGAGCAGCUUCGCUAUGCGGCGGACAGUAUCUCCUCUUCCGUGCAAGAUGUGGUCGAUUCCGGCGGUCUACUGCCACUGCUGAUCUCCAGCUUCCUUGGCGCCCUGAAGUCGCUCGGGGCGGACGACCUUGUCGCUCUGGAUCAAAACGAGGCUCUGCUCUAUGCCCGCAACUUCCACCACAAGGCUCUUGUCUUGUGGCGGCUGCCGGUGGGGAGAAGUCUCAGCCGGUGA